AGCAGAUCGCUCAGCUGGAGAGGAAUAAACUCGGCUCCAAGCAGGCUGAUGGGCACGGUGUCGGGCCUAAAACUCGCUGCUCGUCCAACGCACAGUCGUGAAGACUAAGAAAGCUGCUCUGUUCUCUAUUGAGAGGACGAGCCGGAGCGGGAGCUUUCGUCUGCCUUGCAAUCUGUUCAGAGACGAGCAGACGUGCGGUUUUUGUGUGUGUUUCUUUGCAGGAUAGACGUUGGCGUUGAUGGCGAGGAGCAUGAGACGUAGGUCCACCCGUUGGAUAUAUGAGAGAGAGAGAGAGAGAGAGAGAGAGAGAGAAAGAAAGAAAGAAAGAAAGAAAGAAAGAAAGAGAGAAUGACAUUGUGGAGGUGAAAAACCUCUCAGGUCGCCCCCAGCAGCACUCACCUGGGAGCCGAUGUGUGAAGUCGGGGGGUUGUGUGUGUGUGUGUGUGUGUGUGUGUUGAAGCAGGUGAUGGAGUUUAGCGGGGUGUGUUCAGGGUUCAGAGAGCAACCUUCAGCGCGCAUCACGUCUUAUUCUAACGAACGGGAAGGAUAGGCGUACCUGCUGUUUGAUUGGCUCCUGAACCCGGCUGCCAAGGCAACCCCUCACCCAUACUGCCUCCUCCCAUCCCCUCCUCCCCCUGGUUCCGCAGCCGGGCUCACAGAUGAGUCGCGCUCAGACAGGUGAGAUGGCUCAUGAAUAUUUAUGCGGAGGGAUUUCAUUCCUCCUGCCGCUGGCCCCUCCCCCUCUCCAACGCAGUGCUGCGUUUGCCCUUCACGGCAGAUUGCUCCGAGCCAGGCGGAUGGUCGAGCCAGCCAAUCCUACAGAAUAUGAGUAUGCAGAGGGCAACAUACCGAUGGAGUGGGACGCUUGGAUCCGAGGCAGACGGAAGGAGCCCCCCUCCGCCAAGGAGCUGCUGAAGAAUGAGACUUACAGGGAGAACAUCAAACUGAAGGCCAGGGAGGUGGAGGAGAAGGAUCUGACCCUACAAGCUCAGGAGUAUGAGGAAGGUCUGGUGGCGACUUCUGCAAAGACCGUGGCAAAGGGCCACGCAUCCAUCACCAGCUUCGGCAAGCAGGAGGUCAGCGAAGACCCCACCAGCACUGCAAACGCGUUCCAGCCCGGCUCCUGGAUGCCCAAGAAAUAGACUGAGACAUCCAUGUACACCGAGGCCGCUGUGAUAUUUCAUACAAUCCAAUAGAAAAUAACCCUGCAAUAAUAAAUAACUCCCUGUGUGAAACUGGAAUUCACUUUUGAUUGAGAAACUAGAACUUCUGAAAUGAACCGUUUUAUCAACUCUUCUGUUUCACGCAGGAAGUAUUUAUUUCAAGGCUGUUUUAUUGGGCUGUACUACAUAAAAGUGUUUCCAUUUUUCUAGUCCCGUUAUAUUGUAUUGUAUUGUACAAGACAUCUUGAAUCUGACUGUAAGUGACCACAACUGAAAUGGUUGUACUUCCCGUAGUCAUGGAGUUCACCAACUGCUGUAUCGUGUUUAAGGGAUGUUGUACAUUUUCCAAUAAAUUGUGACUAUUUUCAUUAAA